AGUUAAUGUGCGCGCCGGCCGGGCGGGGGGGAGGAGGGGAAUCUCCCGCCAUUUUUCAAUAAUUUCCUCCGGUGCCGCUGAGAAGGGAGUCGUGACUGGCGGACGCGGUUAAGCCACGGCGGAGGCGCGCCGGAGCGUGCGGGGAGGCGCGGCGAGGCGCGCGCGGGAGUGGGGCGCCCCUCGCGGGUCCCGUCGAUGGGCGGCGCGCCGCGGCGCGGGCACUGAAGGAGCCGAGUUCGCGCCGCCCUCUCCCCCGUCCCCUCCCCCACCGCGCCCGGCGCCAGGCGCCCGCUCCGGCCCGGGGCCUAGUGUGCGCCGCGGGCUCCCGCCGCCAUGGCGCCGCUGCUGGGCCGCAAGCCCUUCCCGCUGGUCAAGCCGCCGCCCGGCGAGGAGCCGCUCUACACCAUCGCGCACACGCAGGAGGCCUUCCGCACCCGGGAAGAGUAUGAGGCCCGGCUGGAGAGGUACAGCGAGCGCAUCUGGACGUGUAAGAGCACAGGCAGCAGCCAGCUGACACACAAGGAGGCCUGGGAGGAGGAGCAGGAAGUGGCGGAGCUUCUGAAGGAGGAGUUCCCCACGUGGUAUGAGAAACUGGUUCUGGAGAUGGUUCACCACAACACAGCCUCCCUGGAGAAGCUGGUGGACUCUGCCUGGCUGGAAAUCAUGACCAAAUAUGCUGUGGGAGAGGAGUGUGACUUUGAGGUAGGGAAAGAAAAAAUGCUCAAGGUGAGAAUUGUGAAGAUACAUCCUUUGGAGAAAGUCGAUGAAGAAGCAGCUGAGAAGAAGUCUGAUGGGGCCUGCGACUCCCCGUCAAGUGACAAAGAAAAUUCUAGCCAGAUUGCCCAGGACCAUCCGAAGAAGGAGGCCAUUGGCAAAGAAGAUGAAGGAAGGAGGGAAAGUCUUAAUGACCGAGCACGUAGAUCGCCACGGAAACUUCCUACGUCUUUAAAAAAAGGAGAAAGGAAAUGGGCCCCUCCCAAGUUUCUGCCUCACAAAUACGAUGUCAAGUUACAAAAUGAAGACAAGGUCAUCAGUAACGUGCCGGCAGACAGCUUGAUUCGUACAGAGCGCCCACCAAAUAAGGAGAUCCUGCGGUACUUUAUACGGCACAAUGCCCUGAGGGCUGGCACUGGUGAGAAUGCCCCUUGGGUGGUUGAGGACGACCUGGUGAAGAAAUACUCCCUACCUAGCAAGUUCAGCGACUUUUUACUCGAUCCAUAUAAGUACAUGACUCUCAACCCUUCUACGAAGAGGAAGAAUACUGGAUCCCCAGACAGGAAGCCCUCGAAGAAACCCAAGACCGAUCCCUCUUCUCUGAGUUCACCAUUAAAUCCCAAGUUAUGGUGUCACGUGCACUUGAAGAAAAAUCUGAACGGCUCGCCACUCAAAGUGAAGAACUCAAAGAACUCCCGGUCUCCAGAGGAGCAUCUGGAAGGAGUGAUGAAGAUGAUGUCACCCAGCAAACUGCACGCUAACUUCCACAUUCCUAAGAAAGGCCCGCACGCCAAGAAGCCCGGGAAACACACUGACAAGCCUUUGAAGACCAAGGGCCGAGGCAAAGGCAUCCUGAACGGCCAGAAGUCCACAGGGACUUCCCGCUCCCCCAAGAAGGGGUUGAAGACUCCCAAAACCAAAAUGAAGCAGAUGACCCUGCUGGACAUGGCCAAAGGCACCCAGAAGAUGCCUCGGGCCCCCCGGAGCUCCACGGGCACGCCACGGUCCUCUAGCAAGCCACACAAACACCUGCCUCCCGCCGCCCUCCACCUCAUCGCCUACUACAAGGAAAACAAAGACCGGGAGGACAAGAAGACGGCCCUGUCCUGCGUCAUCUCCAAGACGGCCCGUCUCCUCUCCAGCGAGGACCGAGCUCGCCUCCCUGAAGAGCUACGCAGCAUUGUGCAGAAGCGCUUUGAGCUCCUGGAGCACAAGAAGAGGUGGGCCUCUAUGUCCGAAGAACAGCGCAAAGAAUACCUGAAGAAGAAACGCGCGGAGCUAAAAGAAAGGCUGAAGGAGAAAGCCAAGGAGCGAAGGGAGAAAGAGAUGCUUGAGAGACUGGAAAAGCAGAAGCGCUACGAGGACCACGAGCUGCCUGGCAAGAACCUCCCGACGUUCCGCUUGGUGGACACCCCAGAGGGGCUGCCUAACACGCUCUUCGGGGACGUGGCCAUGGUGGUGGAGUUCCUGGGCUGCUACUCUGGGCUGCUCCUGCCAGACGCGCAGUACCCCAUCACUGCCGUGUCGCUCAUGGAAGCCCUGAGCGCGGAGAAGGGUGGCUUUCUGUACCUGAACAGGGUGCUGGUCAUCCUCCUGCAGACCCUACUGCAGGACGAGAUCGCAGAGGACUACGGAGAGCUGGGGAUGAAGCUGUCAGAGAUCCCCCUGACGCUCCACUCCGCGUCGGAGCUGGUGCGGCUCUGCUUGCGCAAGUCCGACGUCCAAGAAGAAAGCGAGGUCUCCGACACCGACGACAACAAAGACUCGGCAUCCUUUGAGGACAACGAAGUGCAAGACGAGUUUCUGGAGAAGCUGGAGACUUCCGAGUUUUUCGAGCUGACAUCAGAAGAGAAGCUCCAGAUCCUGACAGCGCUCUGCCACCGGAUCCUCAUGACGUACUCGGUGCAGGACCACAUGGAGACCCGGCAGCAGAUGUCCGCAGAGCUCUGGAAGGAGCGCCUGGCCGUGCUGAAGGAAGAGAAUGACAAGAAGAGAGCGGAGAAGCAGAAGAGGAAAGAGAUAGAAGCCCGGAAUAAAGAAAACGGGAAGGAGGAGAACGGGCUGGGCAAAACCGACAGGAGGAAAGACACCGUCAAGUUCCAGCCGCAAGUCGACGUGGAAGCGGAAGACAUGGUCAGCGCUGUGAAGAGCAGACGGCUGCUGGCCAUCCAGGCCAAAAAGGAGCGGGAAAUCCAGGAGCGAGAGCUGAAAGUGAAACUUGAACGUGAAGCUGAGGAAGAGCGGACACGCAAACACAAAGCAGCUGCCGAGAAGGCCUUUCAGGAAGGAAUUGCCAGAGCAAAGCUGGUCAUGCGCAGGACGCCGAUUGGUACAGACCGGAACCACAACAGGUACUGGCUGUUCUCAGACGAAGUCCCAGGGCUGUUCAUUGAGAAAGGUUGGGUGCACGACAGCAUCAACUACCGCUUCAACCAUCACCGAAGAGACCACACCAGCUCUCCUGGGGAGGACUACUAUCCCCGGGGUAAGAAGGCGAACCUGGGAAAAAACGUACACGUGAACACACAGCAUGGGCCCGAGGUGGCUUUGGAGACCACAACACCCAAGCAAGGACAGAACCUAUGGUUUCUGUGUGAUAGUCAGAAGGAACUGGAUGAGUUGCUCAAUUGCCUUCACCCUCAGGGAAUCAGAGAAAGUCAGCUUAAGGAGAGACUAGAAAAAAGGUACCAGGACAUUAUUCACUCUAUUCACCUGGCCCGGAAACCAAAUUUGGGUCUAAAAUCCUGUGAUGGCAACCAAGAACUCUUAAACUUUCUCCGUAGCGAUCUCAUUGAAGUUGCAACCAGGUUACAAAAAGGUGGACUUGGUUAUGUGGAAGAAACGUCAGAAUUUGAAGCACGGGUUAUCUCGCUAGAGAAACUGAAGGAUUUUGGUGAGUGUGUGAUCGCCCUUCAAGCCAGUGUCAUAAAGAAAUUCCUCCAGGGCUUCAUGGCUCCCAAACAGAAGAGAAGGAAACCCCAAAGUGAAGAUUCUGCCAAGGCUGAAGAGGUAGACGAAGAGAAAAAAAUGGCAGAGGAAGCAAAGGUGGCAUCUGCUCUGGAGAAGUGGAAGACAGCAAUCCGAGAAGCUCAGACCUUUUCCAGAAUGCAUGUCCUCCUCGGGAUGCUCGAUGCCUGUAUCAAGUGGGACAUGUCCGCAGAAAACGCUCGCUGCAAAGUCUGUCGCAAGAAAGGUGAGGAUGACAAGCUGAUCCUGUGUGACGAGUGUAAUAAAGCCUUCCACCUGUUCUGCCUGAGACCGGCCCUCUAUGAAGUGCCAGAUGGCGAGUGGCAGUGCCCAGCUUGCCAGCCAGCCACUGCCAGGCGCAACUCCCGUGGCAGGAACUAUACCGAGGAGUCUGCCUCUGAGGACAGCGAAGAUGACGAGAGUGAGGAGGAGGAGGAGAUGGAAGAGGAGGAAGAGGAGGAUUAUGAGGUGGCUGGCUUGCGCUUGAGGCCUCGAAAGACUGUCCGGGGCAAGCCAAACGCCAUCCCCUCGGCAGGCAGGCCGGGCCGGAGGCCAGGGAAGAAGCCGCACGCCACCCGGGGUUCUCGGCCCAAGGCUCCGCCUGUGGACGACACUGAGGUGGAUGAGCUGGGCCGCCAGUUCCCCACAGCCUCUGCUCUAGGAGAUCCAAGCAGACGGGCUUUGCCCUGUCCUGCUCCUGUUCCUCCCGGACCCCUGAGGGCUUGUCCUUGUCCCCAGGUGCUUCAGACCAAGCGGAGCUCCCGGAGACAAAGCCUGGAGCUGCAGAAGUGCGAGGAGAUUCUCCACAAGAUGGUCAAGUACCGCUUCAGCUGGCCCUUCAGGGAGCCGGUGACCAGAGACGAGGCCGAGGACUAUUACGACGUCAUCACCCAUCCCAUGGACUUCCAGACUAUGCAGGGCAAGUGCUCCUGUGGGAGCUACCGCUCCGUGCAGGAGUUCCUCACUGACAUGAAGCAAGUGUUCGCCAACGCUGAGCUCUACAACUGCCGUGACAGCCACGUGCUGAGCUGCGCGGUGAAGACGGAACAGUGUCUCGUGGCCCUGUUGCAUAAACACCUCCCAGGCCACCCCUACGUCCGGAGGAAACGCAAGAAGUUCCCCGACCGGCCUGUGGAAGAGGAAGGGGACAGCGAGCCGGAGCCCACUGGACAGUCCAGGGGACGGCGACAGAAGAAGUAGGGGCGGGCCCGGGAGGGAGGUCAGGUAGGGGAGGGCUGGGGGAGAGCCUGGCAGGGGGUCGCAGGGAGACUGGACACCUGGCCCCCAGCCUGUGCUGUCACUGAGCUCCAUGGGAGGCCUCCCCUAGCGGCCCCCCAGCACUGGGCCUGCUGGGCUGGGGCGUCUCCACCCAGAAAGAUCACCGGUGGCCGAUGGCCUUAUUCCCCUCUUGAGUCUGCAGGGAGAGUCCCGGGUGCGGAUUCUCAGCCCGAUUCCUGAUUCCUUUUCCUGCCCUCUCGCCCAGGGUCCCUCCCCGUCUGGCCACCACAGCAGUGCCAAGCCCUCUGGUCUCCAGGGGAGGGAUUACUCCUUGCACCACCGUGCAAGGAGCAGAGUGGUGAGGCCCCUCGGGGAGGUAGUGUUGCUUUCCCCACCUGCGCUUCUCUGCCCCUGUCCUGACGCCGGAACACCCCCACCCCCAGGUGACGCGCUAGGGUCAGUGAGUGCCAUACAGCUCUCUCUUCACCAGCAUCAUGGGACACUGGGCUUUGAGGUGAUCUUGGCGAAUAAAGGGGCAUGCCCUGGAGCCAUCCUGAGUCACCCCAGCUUCCCCGACCCCCUCCACCUCACCCCCUCAAUUAAAAAAAAGGCAAAAACCAGAAACCAAGGCACUUGACAGAGAGACUGGAGUCCUGCUUGUAAUCAUGUGUAUCGCCGCCGAUUCCUGCCCCCACCCCAUGGCUGGCCGGUGUUGGGGCCCAGCCCGCCGUGCCAGUGCCGCCCCUAGGGGAGCAGGAGGGAUGCGGGUGUUGACUUUUUUAAAUUGACUUUUCUAGGUAUUAAAGGUUGCUCGUUCAGCAGUGAUUGUAUAAAGAACACCCUGUAAGAUAUUGUCACCUUGCUUUGGCACAUGUACAGUUCGGUUUCUAUGGCAACGUCUCUGCUUUACUUUGGUCCCUCUCCUGCCCAGCCCGGCCACAGUGGGGUCCCUGGUGGGGAGGGGGUGACCCCCCCUCGAUGGCCAAGCUCCCCCUCUUACUGCCCCACAGAGGUGGGGCCACCCCAGAAUGUCAGUGGGGGCCGAGGAUGAAGCCCAGCACCCCGCCCAAGAACUCUUAACGCACGUCGCCGUCGACUUCCCCCUUUCAGGCAGAUUUUUGAUAACGAUACAAAACAGGGUUUAAUUUCUUUUCUAUGAACUUGGGGUUUAGAGAAGCUGAGCUCGUCUGCACCUAUUUAAGUGAAGGGCCAGCACCUCGGCCUGGAGAAUGAAGCCUCUUAGCACGGAGCAUGGAGGGCCCCCCCCAUCUUCACCCUGCCCCGCCUGUCCCAGGACCCCGGGGCCUCCCCACACCGUGCCCCCACCCCGACCACUUUCCGUCUCUUCCUGGAGCCAGUCUGUUCUCGUCAGUAGUGCAGAUCCCUUGUCCCCACUUCAGCGACACCUGAUUGUUGUGGUGGCAUUUUUGUUUGUUUGUUUUUAUUUUUUAAAUUGUCUUUAAGGAGGAAGGGCCCCAUUAAAGGGUGAACUUGUAAUAAAUUGGAAUUUCAAAUAAACAUUAUGUACUUGUGUUUAUAAAGA